AUGUCGGGUCUCAAGUACUUUUCUUACAAGGACUAUGGAGUCACUCUUUUGAAAGAGAUGCACUACAGCCAAGCUGUCCGCGUAGGCGACCACAUCGAAAUCUCAGGCCAAGGAGGCUGGGAUCCCAAGACCGGCGAGGUACCGUCCGACUUAACCAAGGAGAUCGACCAAGCCUUCGAGAAUGUGGACCUGACAUUGAGAGACGCUGGCGGCAAGGGCUGGUCGCAAGUCUUCCGCAUACGUCUCUUUGUCCUCGACGAAGCGAUGUCCGCGGAGGGCAUGGGUAGAAUGGUCGAAAACAUGAAGAAAUGGAUGCCAGACCAUGCGCCGAUUCUGACGGGAGUCGGAGCUUCUCAACUUGGGCAGCCGGGAAUGCGGGUGGAAGUUGAGGUUUCGGCUUAUGAUCCGGAGGGAGCCAAGAAGCCAGAGGAAAAUAGUUGA